AUGAGCCUGCUUCGAACCGCCGCCCAGGCCGUCAAGGCCCCCAAGGCCUACACUCCUCUUGUGGCCGCAAAGGCCUUUGCUCAGACCCGAUCUGUCUCUUCACAGCCCAUUGGUGGCAAGUCCACAUACAAGAUCCCCGACUUCACUCCUUACCUCAAGAAGGACCGAAACACAGAUGCCAACCGUCUCUUCUCCUACUUCAUGAUUGGAUCGUUUGGCAUGCUCUCCGCUGCCGGCGCCAAGGCCACCGUCCAGGACUUCCUUUCCAACAUGUCUGCUUCCGCUGACGUUCUGGCCAUGGCCAAGGUCGAGGUCAAGCUCGGUGCCAUUCCCCUCGGUAAGAACGUCAUCAUCAAGUGGCGAGGAAAGCCCAUUUUCAUCCGACACCGAACCUCCGAAGAGAUUGAAGAGGCCAACGAGGUCAACGUUGCUACCCUGCGAGACCCCCAGACUGACGACGAGCGAGUGCAGAAGCCCGAGUGGCUGGUCAUGAUCGGAGUCUGCACCCAUCUGGGUUGUGUGCCCAUUGGUGAGGCUGGAGACUUUGGCGGCUGGUUCUGCCCCUGCCACGGAUCCCAUUACGACAUUUCCGGCCGAAUCCGACGAGGCCCCGCUCCUCUCAACCUCGAGAUUCCCGAGUACGACUUUGCUGACGCCGAGACUCUGGUCAUUGGUUAA